AGGACCCGCUUUACGUCCGCGCUAACAAAACUCGUUGAAAAUGCUUACAUCAAAAUGGUAGAGUCGCUACAAAUGUUCUUAUUCCUGUUCAAAUCUAAAUACAGACGAAAAUUCUCAUGGUUCUCGCCAUUCCUGUGUUCAGUGCUCAUAGUGUUAUUGUUUUGCAAUGAUGCUCUCGCUAGGUGUAGUAACCAUAACUGCAUAAAUGGAGACUGUAAAAAUGAAACCUGUGUGUGUAAAGAGGGCUGGCAAGGUCCAGAAUGCCAGUACUGCGGAGGGAAAAUCAAUCUCACAGACACGUUCGGUGUCAUAACGGACGGGCCGGGCAACUACAGCGUCAGCACGCAAUGCACGUGGCUAGUGGCGCCCCCGCGGCUGGGCCCGGCGCCGCCCGCGGUCCGCAUCCGUUUGGAAGCGUUCGCCACGGAGUGUGGGUGGGACCAUCUCUACGUGUACGACGGGGACAGCGUGCGUGCGCAGCGCCUGCUCGCCAUCUUCAGUGGUGUAAUGGAGCCGGGCGAAUCCGGCUGGACACGGCAAGUGAUCGCUCGCUCCGGCAGCGCGUUACUUCAUUUCUUCUCCGAUGAUGCGUUCGCUAUGGAGGGCUUUAAUGUCACUUAUGCUGCGUAUUCCUGCCCGUCUGAUAACCAUAGGACUAAUUGUAGCAACCAUGGCGAAUGCGACGAAGGCACAUGUCGGUGCAAUCCCGGGUGGAUUGGUGUGGCCUGCGACCAACCGAUCUGUCCAGAUAACUGCAACGAAGCAUACGGCGGAGGCACUUGCACCCCCAAAGGAUGUGUUUGCACCCCCCAACGUUCUGGAGCAGACUGCAGUAGAGAUGUUUCUACUGCCGGUUGGAGGUGGCUUUGGAAAGAACCAGGCGAGGGGGUGGACGAGGAGGGCGCGCCGGCGGUGGCGGGCCACGUGCUGCUGCAGAGAGGGGGGGAGCUACUGAGGGUGGGGGGGGAGAGCUUCGGGCAGGCUGACUUCCUUUAUAGAUAUAAAGUAGCGGAGAACAAAUGGGAGGCCAUAGUGACGAUAGGUCCCGCGCCGGCGCCGCGGUUCGCGCACUCGGCCGUGUUGUUCGACGACGAGCUCAUCGUGUACGGGGGUGUGGUCGCCUCCGCCGACACCGAGAGAGGAGGCGAACUGGCAGGUCGAGAAGGCCGCGCGGGAGAAGUGACUAACGAAGUAUGGCGGCUCAACUUGGCAGCACCGAUGCUGCAAUGGUUGAAUGCUACCCCCACUAUAUGUGGGAACAGGCCGGCACCUAUGAAACAUUGUGGUGGCCUAGCCGUGUCUGGUCACACAGCUGUGGUAGUACGCUACAAUGACAAGCCAGUCAUGCUUGUCUUUUUCGGCCAUUCACCACACUACGGCUAUCUUCACUUGGUACAGGAGUACCACAUAGAAGAAGGCGUGUGGGUGUCGGCCCCAACAGUGGGCUGGGCGGCGCGAGGAGGCUUCGGACAUUCGGCAGUCUUGGACCCUCUUUCUGACCGCGUAUUUGUACAUGGAGGCCUGGUGUCUCAAAGCGAAGCGGCGCAGGCGCCGUCAGCAGCUCUGUAUGAGUAUGAGUACAAGAGAAGAAUAUGGCGGCCGCUGCCUUCAGCGCCCACGCCUAGAUAUCUACAUUCCGCCAUUAUUUUAUCUCCAGGUAUCAUGUUAGUGUUUGGCGGUAAUGCGCAUAAUGACAGCGCGGCGGCCGCCGUCAGCAACCCCGCCGGUUCGCAGUGCUACUCGGCCGGCGCUUUAUUAUACGAUAUAAGGUGCGAGACGUGGCGCACCGUGCCCACGCCGCCGGGCGCGGCGCGCGCGGCGCACGCGGCCGCGGCGCUGCCCGGGGCGGCGCGCCCCACCGCCAUGUUCUACGGCGGUUUCGACGGCCGGCUCCGUUCAGACGCGCUUCUCUUCGAAGCGGGCUCGCCCUGCUCGUCUCACACGAACGAAUUAGCGUGCGUGGCGAACGCGCAGCAUGCGUGCCGUGCGUGUGCGUGGAACUCGCACGAACGCAUAUGCGUGCCGUUGGAGACGGCUGGCUGGAACCAGUCGUUCGACGGGACGAUGAAAGCCUGCAUCAGUGAACCUGUGAGAGAUGUUCACCGGUGUCGCUCAGCGAAUAGUUGUGCGGCGUGUACGGCCGCUAAAUGUGCGUGGUGCGGCUCCUGCCAGCCUGAACCUCAGCUCUGUAGCCGGCUCUGGCCUAAGAUGGCGCUGAUGGUGGACGAAUGUGCUACUACAGGAGAGUUAGCAAGAGACGCGUGCGCGCGCUACCACUCUUGUGCAGCUUGUCACGCGCAUCAGCAACAUCAUCACCAUUUAUCUGUACAUUCGAGCUCAGAAGAACGAGCUUGCUAUUGGGACUACGAAUCGAUCAAAUGCAAGCCGGCCAACUCUUCUGACGAUAUCAGGAGUGUGGCAUCAGCCGGACCUUGCACAGCGCCGUGUGCGACAUUCCAUACGUGUUCAAAUUGCACGUCUGAAGAGUGCAUAUGGUGUGCGUCUACCGGCCGAUGCGUUGACAAGAACGCGUACGGCGCGUCGUUCCCGCUGGGCGGGUGCCGGCUGUGGUCGACGUCGAGCGUGUCGGGCGGCUGCGGCGCGGCGCACGCGCGCGCGGGCUGCGCGCGCCACGUGUCGUGCGCCGCCUGCCGCGCCGAGCCCGCGUGCGGCUGGUGCGACGACGCCGCGCGCCCGCCCACCGGCCGCGGCCUCUGUCUGCCUGGUGGGGCUAGGAGGCCGCAUGAGCCGCACGUCUGUGAGACUUCAAGGUGGUUCUUCACCGACUGCCCCCGCUGCCAAUGCAACGGGCACUCAACCUGCGACGAGAGGGAGGGAGAUAGAUGUAUACAGCCCUGUGGUGCUAGAGCAGUAGGGCUGCACUGCGACACUUGUGCACCGGGACAUUAUGGGGACCCGCUCAACGGGGGCACUUGCAAACCUUGUGAAUGCAACGCCCAAGCUGUUGCAUGCGCCCCCGACACUGGCCGCUGUUUUUGCAGCACCAAAGGCUUAGCCGGCGAGCGUUGUGAUAAAUGCGACAAUAGUAAUCACUACCACGCCGAUCUGUACAACAAGGGAGCUUGUUAUUACGACCUAGCCGUAGACUACCAAUUCACGUUCAACCUCUCAAAGAAAGAGGACCGACACCUCUCCGCCAUAAACUUCAGAAACGCACCAGUGAAGGCGGAUGUGGACGCAGACUUCAGUAUAACGUGCUCGGCGCAUGCGCGCAUGAACCUGACGGUUAGGACGCGCGCCGAGCCUGGAGAGAGGACGCUGUUCGCUCACGUCAACUGCACCAACUUCAGAUACAAAUUCGCGAAGUCCGACCACGCUUUCGGCGUAGAGGACAACGUAACUCUAACCACAUUCUUCGUAUACGUGUACGACUUCAGACCGCCAUUGUGGAUUCAGAUAUCCUUCUCGCAGUACCCGAAGUUAAAUCUGCAACAGUUUUUCAUCACGUUCUCGUCGUGUUUUCUGCUACUGUUGCUGGUUGCUGCUGCGCUGUGGAAGAUCAAACAGAAAUACGACUUGUACAGAAGAAGACAGCGGCUCUUCGUGGAAAUGGAGCAGAUGGCUUCCCGGCCGUUUAGCCAAGUCUGUGUAGAGCUGGAGAAAGGGGGAGCAGGUGCAGGCGUCCCGGCGCCGGUAGCCCUAGAACCGUGCCUAGGGUCCCGAGCAGCAGUGCUAUCUCUGCUAGUGCGGCUGCCCACCGGUGGGACGGGCCGCGCUCCGCCCCUGGGCGGGCUGGCAGUCGCGUCAGCCCUAGUCACGCUAGGCCACCACGCGGAUCACAAAGCGCGUCGCUGACCAUCAACCAACACCAAUGUAUAUAACAAAUAUGUAAAUGGUGUAUAAAGUGCUCAAACAAUACUCAAUACAUGUGACUUUAAGUGUUCCAAAUGUGUCCACUUUAAAAUGUGACGUCAACCGUGUCGACUUAAGUGUUUCGAACGUCGCUGUGUCGACUUCAAAGUGAAAUACGUCGCGCUGUCGACUUCAAAGUGCUUCGAGUGGCGUCGUAUGGACUUCAAAGUGAAAUGUUACAUAAACUAAGUGAAAUGACAUUAAAAAAGUGAUAUAUACGGCAGUUUUAGUUUAGUGCGCUUCUCGGCGUGGUAAGUUAUACAUCGCAAAUCUUACAUAUUGUAGCGUUUGCACACUAUUGAAUCCCAUGAACGCCUUAUGCGACCCUUUAUAUUAGCUAUCAAUUUAAAAAAGGCAUACAUCAUUUCAAAUACGAGGCCCCGAUAGUACUUGAAACUUAACAAAAAGUCUUAUAAUGUUUGCCUUUUGUUAUCUAAUUAGGAUACCUUUAAAUUAGCACGCGUUGUUGCAAACUGCAAACAACUUAAAGCGAAGCUAUACUCAAACAAGUCUGUCAGUAAAUAAGAGCAAAGAAAACUAUAUGCAUCCUUU